AGUCUGCUCGGUUUUAGUGGACCACCUGACUGCACACAGUCACUGUCUUUCACUCACCUCUUAAUUUUCUUCUCUAUUUCGGUGGCAUUUGCUCCCUGUGUGUUUCUCAUCCGCACUAAAGCCAUUUCAACCCCAAACCUCCGCAGGUGAGCACGUGCAGCACACCUUUACCCGCCGUUAUUCUUUUACAGCCUCAACAUCUCAGAAAAACAACGGACAGCUUGUGCACCACCUGAAUCUCGUUCCACUUCCUGGUUGGCACGUAUCAGCAAGUCUAUUGGCUCUCCGGAAGAGAAAGCAGCGUUUUGAUUGGACCACGUUAACGUCAUCUUCGCCCGACAGCAGAGCAAAACCACGAAACAUAGGGCAGUGUAUUUAUCCUGCGUGUUCCGCAACUCGAAGCUGCACAACAUUGUUUUAAUUUGUCGUCCAUCCAUUUGCUUUUCCUACAAGAUGCCUCAAGUCUUCGACUAAAAUGAUCAAUUACCUACACUGCGCUUUAGCAUUCAAAUGCCUGCAAGCGAUAAAAGCUAAUUAAAAAGUGAUUUGUCUCUCAUCGGCAACCUGCUCACUUUGGAAAUCCCUUCUGUGAUCACAUCCUUGUUCUCUUCUGUUCAGGUGAGUCACUCCAAUGAUAAACAAACAUUAACACACCACGUUGCUAAUUUGUCCGUCCAUGCUUACAGGCAGGAUGGCAUGUAAACCCUGGCCUAAAGGCAAGAAAUUAGUUCAUCUAGAUUUGAAAGGUGCCCCCCCAAGGAUAGGAUACCUUCAUCAGGUAAGACUCUGUGCUGCAGCUUUCACAGCGAACUACUGAAGCACAUAAAACACUCCUGACACAGCUGUCAUGCUAAUGGUCCAUUAAUGUGUGUUUACCCCAUCAGCUGAUCGACUUCUUCUCUCAGCUGGGAGUGGAUGGCCUGCUGGUGGAGUAUGAAGACAUGUUUCCUUAUGGAGGGGAACUGAAACUGCUGCAGUCCACAGCCCAGCCUGCUUACAGGUCAAUUGUAAAACACAGGACAAUCAUUGAUUUACUGGUGGAGCACUUUCAUCAGCUUUAUAAUGUUCAUAGCUCUUGUACUAAAACUAUAAACCUUAAAACAACACUUACGGCUCUUGUUAGGAGCUCUUGCCAUGAAACAGACUGAAAUCAAUAUUGAUUCCUUUUUGUGACCUACAACAGCAAACAGAGCCAUCACCCUAAAGAUCAAUAGUGUCUGUUUAGUUAAAAUCUAAUGACUAAAAUUGCUAUCUUCCACUUCCAGGAUCCCAGAUAUGUUAUUCGAUUGGCUGCUUAAAGUCAAGUCAAUUUUAUUUACAGAGCACUAAAAAAAACAAAGUUUGAGCCUAAGUGCUUUACAGCAGGAAAAUUUGGAACAGACUUUGAUAAAAAACCAGAACAUUUAAAAAACUCACUUGAUAAGGUAAAUCAGAAUCAGAAUUAGAAGGGGUUUUAUUGCCAUUGUCAAUGAACAGGAUUCACAGACUAGGAAUUUGUUUUGGCAUGAUGGUGCAACAAUAAACAGAGCGAAAUAUAAAAUACUAGAAUAAAAACUAAUAAGAGCAUUCAAGAAAUAUAUAAAGUAUAAAAGUAUAAAAAUAUAACGGUAUAAAAGGUUAUGUACAAUGCUAUGUGCAAUAAGUAUAAGAGUAUAAGAGGCUAUGUACAACUAAACAAUCUAGAACUACAGUGCAGUGGGAGGAGUGCAAUUAAAAAAUCCAAAGUAGAUUAAACUAAAGUGACCAGUGAUAAAGUGACAGAGUUAAAGUGACUGAGUAAUAAAGUGUUCAUGAGUCUAACGGCAGAGGGGAAGAAACUGUUCUUAUGACGGGAGGUUCUGGUCCGAAUGGACCGUAGCCUCCUGCCUGAGGGGAGUGUCUCAAAUAGUCCAUGUGCAGGGUGAGAAGGGUCAGCUGCGAUCCGACCUGCUGGGCCCCGAGUCCUGGAGACGUACAGGUCAUGGAGAGAUGGAAGGCUACAGCCUUAAAAUCAGAACAUUUAAAAAAUUCACUUGAUAAGGUAAACAUAUACAUAUAUACUUUACACAAAGGACAGGAUAGCAAAAUGGGUAGGAACUUAAUUUAGAUGAGAAAUCAGGUUAUGAGAAGGCAAGAGAGUAGAAGUGAGUCUUGAGGAGUUUUUUUAAACAGUCCAGAGAGUCAGCAGAUCUGAUGUGUAAUGGGAGGUUGUUCCACAGCCUCGGUGCAGCGAUUGAAAAGGUCCUGUCUCUGGAAGUUUUUUGUGUGACCUUGGUACAGUGAGAAUAGAGAGUGGGGUGAGACUUAUCAUUAAAAAACUGUAUUACCAAACUGAUUUACCAAUCACGCUUGCUUAGGUUGGCCAGUCUGUCAACAAACAUUAACAGACAUUAAUAUGGGCUUUGGGACAGUUUUGGAAAACUGUUUAAAUUAGAUUCUUCUCAACAUAUACAACAAAAUGUAUAUAUACUGUAUAUAUAUGAUGACAUCUGCAUCAUAUAUAUAUCAGCUAGCAGCCAUCAAGCUUCGAAAUCAUUGGCAACAACCAUUGAAAGUAAAAUAAGUUUCUCAUAAGUUAUCUCUGCCUUCUGUUUACAGCCGAGAGGAGGUGCUGUCUAUGCAAGACUUUGCAAAGUCCAAGGGAAUGGAAGUUAUCCCACUCGUGCAGACAUUUGGACACAUGGAGGUGAGGCAAAUAUUUUAUUUUCCUUUUUACUCUGACAACAUCAUUGAAUGUAAGCUGUCUGUGGUCAUCAUGCACAGUUCAUGGUGUUUAAUACAACCUCAGUUCUGUUAGAGUAAGAACAGGACACUGUGUAAAAUGUUGGUAAAAACACUUGGUACUUCACUGCAGAUCUGCAGGUGCAUAUCAGCACAAAAGAGCAUAAGAAAUAAAAAAUAUCAGGAACGGGCUAUCCAUGAUUUCCUUUGCCUCAGUUCAUCUUUAGGGGAGUUCGGCCGUUAAAGUAGAUCUGGAUCAUAUGAUUAUUGUUUCCUCUUCAGUUUGAACCUCAUUUGUGGAUGCAGUGAUGACCUGUGUUCACAGACUGUGGUUUUUGAAGUGAUUUUUAGUCCAUGCAGUGAUUUCCACUACAGAGUCCUGUCUGUUUUUGAUGCAGUGCUGCCCGAGGGCCUGAAGAUCAGGACCAUCCAGUCUUGGUUUUGGUCCUUGUCCGUUUCGUACAGAGAUUUUUCCAGAUUCUCUGAAUCUUUUAAUGAUAUGAUGCUCUGUAGAUGAUGAAAUCCACUCAUUCCUUCACAUUCAACACUCAGGAACAUUAUUCUGUCUUUAAAGUGGUGAGACUCAGCUACUCUGGAGUGCCCUGUUUCAAUUCUUCAAAUGUUGUUCUUAUCAUCAUUUUACACAGACUCCAAACUCUUACAGAGCUGAGGUUGAUGUUUGAGGCUUUUCUUUGUAUAAGUCACCCGCUGCUUUCAUUUUCUCUCACAGUUUGUGUUAAAGCACCGGCCUCUGUGGGAGCUCAGGGAGGUGCCAUAUUGUGUGGGCACCCUGAAUCCUCACAAAGAGGAUGGGGUGAAGCUGGUGAUGGAGAUGCUGAGGCAGGUAGUGGAGCUGCAUCCAGGACUGCAAACACUGCACAUUGGAGCAGAUGAGGUAAAGAGUCGUCUCUUUAAAGUCAAAGUGGAGACAUUUUGAUCACAAGUAAUGUGAAUUUUCUCGUGCUCCAUUUAAAAACUCCUGAAGGUGUACAUCCUCGGUGAGGGGGAGGAGUCCAAGCUGUGGCUGGCCACACCAGGACGUACCAAGGAGCAGCUUUUUCUGAGUCAUGUGACCAAGGUGGCCAGAGCCAUUGAGAAGGCGUGGCCACACAUGACCAUCAUAAUGUGGGAUGAUAUGAUGAGAGGCAUGAGUCAAGAUACGCUAAAAGGUAAGAAUUAAUAGAAGUGCAUGUGCACUAAACAAUCUAAUCACUGACAUGUCUCAUGUUUGAAAGAGAAGUAUCAACCUGGAAGAUGUUAGAGGCACAGCUACAGUUCAAAGUUUUGAACUCGUCAUCAUCAGGAUAUAGAUUUUUUUAAGAAUUAUAAGUCACAUGGCAGCUUUCUUAAAGGCAUUUUUCAUGCUAGUAUUUCCUAAGUUUGCAUUAAGGUUACUGACCAAGACACUGUAUUUAAGAGGGGAUUAGACAAAGAAUAUGAAACAACACUGAUACUGUGAUGGAUUUUACAAAGUUGUAUUCACUUUAUUUAAGUGCAUGUGCUUCACUUGAUACUUUAGUUUUAUUCAUCUAAAUUUAUUUGUGACGUUAAGCAGUCUGAAUACAAAUAUUUCUUCCAACUAGACAAUGAUAAAUCUUCAUAGAUUAAACCACAUCAUUAAGCCUUGUUAUUAAUCAGACUAAUGGACAAACGCAGUUUUCACAGGACCAAUUACUACAAUUGAUAUACUAAAUGAAAACUGACUCUCUAGUCUUCUGACCACUCAAAUCUCUUUUACAUUACAUGUCACAUUCACCUGUUCACACACUGAUGAGAGGGGCUGCACCCAUCAUUAUCAACCAGGGUGGAAAGAGCACUCAAAUACUCCACUCAAGUAAAAGUACAGUUGCUUUUGUCUGUGUCAAUGAGUCCUCUUUUGUCUUUGUGACAGAAAGCGGUCUAGUGGGACUCGUCCAGCCAAUGUUGUGGGACUACACCCCUGAUCUGGAUGUUGAUAAAACUGGUAUGGAUUGAAAACUAAUGGAAUCAGUACUUUAUUGUUGCACCUUUUCACCUUAUCAAGCUGUCAUUUUCAGCUGUGAUAUUUUGAACUCUCUUUGUUCCCAGUGUCUCUGCUAGAAAAAUACUGCAGUGCUGGAAUGUCAGACCUGUGGACAGCCAGCUCCUUUAAAGGCUCCACCAGUGUUUACACUUGUGUACCCAGCACACAGAAGCAUGUGGAUAACCAUUUGCAGUGGCUGAAGGUGGCGGCCUCUUUAUCUGCUCAUAUAAACCUGCAGGGCAUCGCCAUCACAGGCUGGCAAAGGUAAGAGCUCUUCCUGAUUGAAGCUUUAAUGGAGAUGCUGCAAACCUCAAGACUGGAAGCACAUUUAACUGCUUAAGUGCACACACCACUUUACACCUGAAUUAUUUAUUUUACUACACAGGACUCAACGGUGCAUGCUGUUAGAGGCUGUUUAAGCUCAGUAAAAUCCCAAACCACAUCAUCUUAACAUUCAGUAACACACAGCACAAUGCAUGAAUAACACUCCCCCCUAAUGUAGUCAAACACAAUUAUUACUUUAAUGGGCUUUUGAUAUUUAAAUGUAUAUUUUAGAUUAUAAUCAAUCAGCUGUGUGCCAUCUAUAGUUCUUUUCUGUUACUGAUGUCAAGUAUUGUUCAGAUCAGAGUUUAUGGUAGACUUUCUUGCUGGUAAUAUUCCAUAUUUGGGGAUCAAUAAAGUUCCUCUUCUCCUUUUUCUUAAUGCCAGCCCUAAAGAACAACAGACUUAAGCUCUAGAUAGCUGUAGCUGUAUUCUUAAGACCUUUAUUUACCACCACACCAAGAAAACCCUCAACACUUACGAUGUGAUUCAACACAUUCCACUUAUGCUACAUUUUUAAUGACCUGCAAUGUUAGGCAACGGCUUCAUAGAACCUGCUGUGAGGUAGAGAGAUACUGUAAAAAUGUGAUAAUCUGUUAGUGUUUCCAGACAUGGAGGGUUACAGGGCUGUGUAAUUAUUAAACUUAAUGUUUCAUUUGUCCUUGUGGGCUCUAAUAUUUCACCAUGUUUUGCAUUAUCCCCUGAGUGACAGAGAAAAAAACAUGAGUUUUAAUUGUUUCAAUGUUUAUUUCCAUCUUCAAAGCCUGUACAAGCACCAAACCUUUCUCAGUGUGGACUACAUUAACUUAGACUUAAUCUUGAUAAAAUUGAAGAGGAUGCUGAUCACUGCAGUACUCAUGACAUGACAGCACAUCAUGGUUGACCCUCUUUUUGCCAGAGCUGGAGUCACCUUUUUACAGUCUUUCCUGUAUAGAAGUUAAGGUUUAGUGAUGUUUCCUUCAGUGCUUUCAAUACUGACAGUGAUGUGGUGUCUCUCUGCCUCUAUUUUGGCAAAUGUCACAGCCUGACAUCAUUCAGGUCCUGCUGUUUUCUUCAUGUCACUGCUUAUCACUAAAUAGGCCAAGUCUUGCAGCAUCUGAGUAAAAGCAAAAAUAUAUUCACAGAGUUGUAUUUAUGUACACAGCACAAAAAAGGGGGGAUCUUAAACUCCAAAAAUCCCAACUGUGAAUCAACAGCUUACAUAAUAGCCCCCUCUAGUGGUAAAACAACUUUAUUUACUGUUAACCUAAGCAGUUUGAACAUUAGCAAGCUGAACAUGUUUACUUAUGUUACACCCAUGUUACAAUCUCAGUUUUUCAUUAAUAUUUAAGGGGAAAAAGUCUUGUGUUCAAUCUGAUAUGUUAAUUUUUUCUAGUUAUCAAGAGCCUUUUAAUAUCGACUAACGUAAACCCUGCUUUAGAUGUAAUUCAUAUGGUCCAAUGUUUUUGUCAGAGUUAAAUGAAUAUUGUGUUGUUGAACUCAAACUUCAGACCUGAGGAGGAAAAGCCUCUGCUUCACUGAACAGACAAACAUACACUGACUUUUUCUUCUCUUUCUUUUUUAAUGGCGUCUUUAUCAUCUGGCUUUAACCCAGCCUGAGUGCUGAAUUUUGUUCCCCUUCACCUGACAGUGUUAGCAUGAAAAUCAAUUAUCCUCGAGUUGGUCUAUACAGUAAACAGAGAAGCUGUCCCAUAUUUGCUCACUCUUUUCUUCAGGUAUGACCACCUGUCUGUGCUUUGUGAGCUGAUGCCUGUGGCACUCCCGUCUCUAGCAGCCUGCCUGCAGACGCUCAGUUGUGGUCAGUUCAGUGUGGAGGAUCAAAUCAAAGUGUCAGAAAGGCUGGGCAUUUCCUCAGUGGAGGUAGAAGCCAUGGGGAGGUGAGUCUCUGUGACUGUUAUUACUCUGCUGCUGUGUCACUGUGUGUAAUCAAUCUGAAUGUUUCCUGUUUUUUGUUGGAUGUGGCUUUUAGGACUUCAGCAGACAGCUCACUGUUCCCAGGACAGAGACUCGCUGAGUUACUUGUGGACCUGAACACGCUCCUCAACUCAGAGAACAUCAAGUUUUUUGAAAGUGACAUGUGAGUUACAGGCAUCAAGCCAGCAGCUAUGGGAAGCUUAACUUACCUCCCAACUCAUCUUGUUGAUACCGUCAAUAUAUUAAAUUAGAAUUUUGUAAAAAAGAUUUUUCUUUCGUAAUUUAGUCUAAAAAAGUUUGCUUAUGUAUAUUCCUUGGUUCAUUUAAUAUAAAAUGAAAUCUGUCAAGCCUUUUGGGCCAUAAUUUUAUUGAUUUUAGCUUGUUGGUCCUUAUAAUUAGAAAUCUAGAGUCACAAAUACUCACAAUAUUUAUCAAGAUCAUAAAAACAUAGUAAAUCAGUUUGUUCAGUUUAUGAAAAGUAUUGUCCAUUUAAUGUUUGUUCACUGGCACAGUUAAGAGUCAAGUAUCUCUGGAGAGGCAUGUGUAGUUAGUUGACUCUUAGAGUUCAAUAUAGUUAGUCGCAAAUUUUAAAAUUAAUAUAUAAAUUUGAAUUUCUUAUAUUAUGGGCAAAUUUCAUCAGUUUUUUUGUGUGUAAAAUGAUCCAGUCCAGUUGACUUGCACAGUUCCUAAAUCAUUCUGCCCACUGUGUUUGUCAUACAUGUAAGAAAAAUCAAAAGUGGAAAUUUUUCCCAAAACAAUUAAAGGUCAACAUAUCAAUUAUUAACCAAAAUAUCAACAAGAAACACAUUUUUCAACAUUUAUGAGUUAGAUCUGAUUUUAAACUCUAAAAGUCUGUUAACAGUGAGUAAAAAUAUUCUACAGGGUCUUGAAUUUGUUGCCUUUAGACGCAGCCAGGAGAGGUUUGUUACAGAACUUUAUCUCUCUGCCGAGCUGAGCGACCAGACGGCGUCACUGGCAUUAAUGCUGAGUCAGUCUUCUCUCUGAACUCUCAGCCAGAAAAGCAAAGAUUAGGUUACAAACGUGACACCUUUCAGAAACAGAAACUAGAGUCUAUCAUGUAUUUGCAGCUUUCAUUUUUGUGUGUAUACAGCAGAAAUACUGAUUGCUUGCCUUUUUGUAGGUUUGUAAGAGGAUGGUUCAGCCCCUACCACCGCCGGAGGAAGAUGGUCACUCCUCUGAUAACCAUGCAGAUUCACAGCCAAGCGUCAUCGUAAGAUUUUCUGAUGUUACAGUCAAACUCACUACACACUGCUUUGCCUUUUUUUUGCUUUACUGUUUAGCUUACUUAUCCCUCAAUAGCCACACCAUGUGUUUCUGUCUUCUCAGGUAUCUGACUUCGAUACAGCAGAAGGUUGAGGCUGUGAGAGAGGAGAUGGUCCGUCUUUACUGCGACUCAACAGCCCAAGAGUGGAUAGAGGAGCAUGUCAGCCCGGUGUUAGCUCCUCUACAGAGGAUAACAGAGGAAAUCCGAGCCUGUGUGAAGGAGAUGGUGCCAUAGAAACUAGAAUCAGACUGAGAGAUUUCAAAUGGCCUUUCUGCAUCCUGUACUGACUUGACUUUAUUUAAGUAUCCGUUUACACUUGCAGAACAGAAACUGCUGUAUUAAUUGCAGUAAUGCUGAAAGAUGACCUUCAUAUACAUUUGCAUACAAAAAACUUUAUAUAAUUCCAAUACAAUGUGCAUAAUAAACACAGACAGUGAACUAAGAGGAUAAGAAAUCGUGUUUUAGUCAACCAACACAUUAGAAAGUUUGCCUGAGAUUCAGUCUUUGGUUCAUAAGAAGUCAAUGAAUGUUGAAAGAUGGAAAAGCUUUACAAGAAAACCUUUCACCCACAAAAAAAAUCCCUCAUACCUGAACAAGGUUUGAACAUGCAUGUAUGAGCUGUGCAAAUAAUAACACAAAGAUGAUGAUGAUUAUUGGAAGGGAGGGUGGUCCUGAAAAUGGUGGGAAAAUCACAGCACAUGAAACACAUAAACACUUAUUAGAGCUCAGUAGCAAGGCACAGUAAACUGCAGACUGGAGUGUGUUCUCUAACAGUCAUUCAGCAUGAUAUCUCUUUACAGAGAGCGACCUUUACAGAGAUAUAAAAGGUGUUCGAUUGAGCUUUUUACUUUGGUCUGUUUGUCUUCUCCAGUAAAAGUACUUUCAUUGAGUUAUAAAACAGAAAGUCAUGAAUACUUGUACAGUGAGAUGGACAUAUUUUCUCAAACUUAUCAUUGUGAUAUAACAAACAUCACUAAUAUGUGAAGUGAUCCUGACUCUGCAUCUAUACAGGAUGAAAUUAUUGAGCAGCAGUUGUCUCAGUGUUGCACUUUGUAGGCAGAUGCUGGAUUGUUAUUAUGGUCUGAAAAUAAGAACUUGCAUUGUAGCUGCCAAAGCACUGACUAAAAAUGUCUUGACCAGAUUAAAAACCUGAUUUUUUUUGUUUUUUAUAUCUUGAAAUUGGAUUGAUAUUGAACCCAUCAGGUAAAUGUAGCUGAAAUAAAGUGUAGUGAGACAUUUCAGGAGGUGAGACACACUGACUUGAUGAGAUUUUAUGUUAUUGCAGUUUAGAUGUCACCUAAUCAGUUAUGUAGAGAUUUGGGAUGUAGAAACUGGAUUUUUGAAAAUAUGUGACUUGCAGAUAUCCCAAUAUUUUCUAUCCCAUUUUUGCUGAGACUAAUGUGGGCACCGAAACAUGCACACCCUUUUUGUAAAGGUUUUUGUUUGGUUCCUCUUCUCCAACAAAAUUUAUCUGUUACUCUGUUGUGAUUGUCUUUGUUUCAGAACCAGACAAACAAGACCAACAGCAUUUGAUUCUUGUGUUUUUUAAAGAUGUUAAUAUUACAUAAUGUGUCUGCUGUCUGUUUCCAACACUUCAUAACAACUCUAUACAGCCUUAAUGUAUAGGCUGUCAACACAUGCACAUUAAGAGUACAUCAACUUUUUGGUCAAUAAUUACAUCAACUAGCAGAAAUUGCUAGAGCUGCUGAUAGCGAUGUUAUGCUGAUUCAUUUGUGCAUCCCCAUUAGAGACGCACAACCUGUUAAAAUCAGAGCUGACAGAUUAAAUAUAUAAAUAACACUUU